GCUACAUCCGCCGAACAAAUCAUGGGCGAUCGACACCAAGCAUGUUUUGACUCGCUCACAUUUGGGGUUCAUACUACGAUUGGGUACUUUGACUUGAGCGCCCCCGCUAACCCCGAAAAGACUUUGGGCAAUAAGGCUGUAAAAGAGGGCAGCACCAGCGGAAAUUGGAUACACGACCAUGAACUGGAGGGCAAGUUAGAACAAUUGUCUUUGAUCAGCGGAUGUAGAGGUCCAAUUGAUAAUGGGGACAAGGAGGAGACCACCAAACCUCAAAUUGUGUUCCUAGCGGCAUAUGGACUGCCAAUGAACAGAGAUCUCGCGAUUAGAAAGGGCCACUUUGUUAGCAUUAUGGACACUUGUUGUUUUCCGAAAGAAUUCUAUGAGGCACUAUGCGAGAAGACUGGCCACUUUGCUCAUUUCAUAAGCUUCAUGGAUGAUGAGUCUCCAGGCUGGAUCUCCGUUGUUGUCAAAACACCUCACUCGGAAGCAAACUUUUCGUUCGUGCUCCGUAUAAGAAUUAGUGACCGCUCGACAGUUUGCCUCUUAAUGAUCCAGGAUGAUCAAAUGCUAGAUGCAGUAGUACACCGCCUAUAUGCGCGCAAAAGAAUGUUGCAAGAGGCGCCACUCCAAAUACUGAGCAUUCUUUGUGAGGAAUACGGAUGCAGAAACGAAUUGUGGCGAGAAGAGCUUGAUAUGUCCAUCGUUGGUUUGGAGCAACGCAUCGUCAAGAUAGGAUUCGAUAUCAAGAGCUUCGAUGAAGGCAUUAGCACCGACGAAUCACUUACCAGGUGGCUUCACAAAACAAAUACGAACUUGACGUGGCUUGACUGUACGACAAACUUUGAGCUCAACCUUUUGAAAUUCUCAAAGGAAACGAUUGAGCUCUAUGAAACAAUCCGUCAUGAGCAAGAUUUAACUAUGCUUCCUAGAAGGUGCCGCACGCUCAUUGAGUGUGAGAUUAACUCCUUGAUGAAUAGCUGCUCAAAUCGCCAAUAUCACGGAAGCCGGUUGCAAGACAGGACGAAAGUGCAAAUCGCCAUUCUCUCAUCCCAGAUUUCGCAAAGAGAUAGUAGGAUCAAUCUCUCCACCGCUCGGGCUUCAAAAAAUAUUGCUCGAUCCACCCUUCAAGAUGGUCGAGCAAUGAAGACUAUUGCUGUACUAGGCUUGCUGUUCUUACCCGCAACAUUCAUCGCGAGCAUAUAUGGUGCAGGCAUUGUUGACUUGCGCUCUGAUAGUAUAGCUGUCCCUCGCCUCUGGUGGACAUAUGCUAUUGCGAGUGUUGCUCUGACACUCUUAGUUCUAAUAAUUUGGGCUGUAUAUAUUCAUUACACUAAUAGAAAGAGCGUGUCAAAGGACCUAGAAGAGUUGGAGAAGGCAGAGAAGGCAGAGAAGCUUGCUUAACGGCUCUUUAUUGACUGCUGCUGAGAGGUUUUAGGGUCUUGAAGUUAAGGAAAUUAGGCACUUAGGCGCAAAACAACUUG